UCCUCAAUGUAAGUUAAAGAGGAUAGUAUCUUCUUAAAAUUCCUUUUACAAUUCCUCAAAAUUUCUUCUCUACGAUUCAUUUCCUAAAUUUCCCUUUUAUCUUCAUCUUCAAGAACCAAAGUAUUGGAGUUUUAAUGGUGCUUAUCAUCUCCUCCCUUCAUCUUCUUUAUCUCCAACAAAAAUAAACAAUCAGUAACUUUAUUCAUUAACCGGGGAAUCUGACUUUUUGCAAGUUCUUUUGUGAUACACCAUUUAUGCAUCAAGAUUAUGAAACUUGGAGUUUUAUCACAAGUUUUAUAUGAAGUUUGGAAGCAUCUAAGUGGAAUUUGAGCAUUAUGACACUUGAAGACUUCCUUACCUCGACUGAGAUGAAAGAUGGGUUCACUACUCCUGCUCAUGUUGAGGAGUUGAUCAAUGUUAUGCAGAAGCAGAAAGAUUCUUCAGUGAAGAGUGUUCAUGAUGCGACGAGGCAGUGGGCUGCUGUUGCUAGUACAAUAGCAGCUACGGAGAGAAGAGAAUGUCUUGACCUUUUUGUCCAAUUGGAUGGACUUUGGUUUAUUGAUAGAUGGCUUAGGGAUGCUCAAAUUUUUCCUCAUGAAGCGAGUGAUUGCUUUGUGGAGGAGGCCAUCUCAGCAUUGUUACAUGCAGUUGAGAAGCUUCAGAUAAACCCUGAGAAGCUCUCAUCGUCAGGGAUCUGCAUUACUGUUGGAAGUCUUUCUAGUUAUAAAAGCACUAGAGUCCAAGAUAAGGCAAAAGCUCUUUUUGAUAGAUGGAAAACUGAGGAUCUUGUUUGCAAAAGAAUGGAUGUUGAGCAAACCACACUUGACAAUCAAGCUCCUGGAUCAAAUCUUUCUGCAAACAAUGCCACUUGUGCAAGAUCCCUUAAUAAGGAGAAGUUGGAAUGUGUUGGAAAGUGGGAAGAUAAGUUUCCUAGUGAUCAAGCGAGCUCUAUUGAGGGUGAUCUUGUGAAGGAAGAAGUAUGCCCAUCUAAAGGACUGUAUGCAGAUUGUGAUAUAGAAGCAGAGCAAGGCACAGAUGAGAUGGCUCUUCAAGUUGAACAGGAAAAGCAUGAAAACAAGCUUAAUAUGUCAUCUGAUACACCAGUUGUUAAGGUUACUUCUGCAUGUGGUGUUUCUGAUUGCAAAGAUAUGUCUUCAAGAACUGAUGCUAAGUCUGCUGAAGAAGCUAUUGUUAAACCUGAUAUGGGAGAAUCUGUAGUCAAAGAGGGAUCGCCAUAUGAAAAUACGUCUGCAUGCAAUACAAAUAGUCCUGUCUGUAAAUCCAGCAGUGAGAUUGAUGAUGAUGAGGAGAAUGGUUUGGAUCAAGGUAAUCGUUCUGCUCUGGAGGAAUUUAAGGAUCAAGAAGCAACUAUUUCCAGAUCGGAAGAUGAUGAUGAUGAACAGAGCGAGAAGAGUUAUCUCGGCAACAGUUGUGAAUUUGUAACACUAACAAAACACAAAAAAGGUACUGAUAUCAUCCAGCAGACACGAGAUUUGGACCUUGAGGAUGGUACAGUUGAUGCUUUAGAAGUUGCUCGGUUGGUUGCCAAAGAAGUUGAAAGAGAAGUAGGGGCCUAUUGUGAGCAAUCUGGAACCUCCUCUUCUUCUUCUGAUGGAGAAUCAAGAGAUAGCAUUAGGGAGUCUGAUAGCCCGAAAUCUAUAAAUGGAGUGCAGGACAUGCCAAUAGAUGGUCCACUGAAUCAAUCGUCAGCAACGGAAAAUACCUCUGAUGCUACUACAAAGGCACCUCUAAUGAGUCUGGCUAAUUUGGAGACUAAUUUGCAAAAUCAUACCCAAGAUGGAGAAUCCUCUUUGGUGACUGAGGUUGCCCGGGAACCAGAAAACAGAGAGAAAAGUUUUCUUGAUUUUGACCUGAACCAAGAAUUUUCCUCUGAGGAUGGUGAUCAGGUGGAAACUACUAGUUCAAAUCCAGUAUCAGUCGUAUCUGCCUCGAGAGCUAUUGUGGCUUCUGGAAUUCCUACAGGCCCUCUUCAAUUUGAAGGAAGUCUUGGCUGGAAAGGAUCUGCAGCCACUAGUGCAUUUCGACCCGCAUCUUCUCGUCGGGCGUUUGAUAGUGAUAGGCUUAUUUCAGGUGGGGAUACCAGUAUUGGUUCACGACAGAGGCAAAAUAUUCUUCCUUUUGAUUUGAAUGUGGCUGAAUGUGUGGAUGAUGAGAUUGUCAAUAUAGGACUAGAUAGACACAAACAGAUUUUACCCGGCCUUCCUUCAGACGAGUCUUCUGUUCAAGUAAGUCCUAACAAACCUCAGAGGUUCAAAUUGGAUUUGAACCAAUCAGAGGAUGAUGGGGGACUUUUGAUAUCCGAGUGGAAAAUGAGUCGUCGAAACUGCCAGCUAAGUUCAUCGCCUGCGUCUUCUUCAUCAUGCAUGCUACCUUCGAUGAGGAACUUCGACUUAAAUGAUAAACUGUUGAAUUGCAAUGAUUCGGCAGACCAUUCUGUUUUUCUUGGGGAGUCUUCUCACAAAGUUAAUCCAUGUAUGGGUUCAUCAGGUGAAAAUGUUAUUUCAAUCUUGGGUGCCAAAGUCUCAAGAAAUGCAUUUCCUCAGAUGCCAUUGCCUUUUCUGAAUGGGAUGACUUCAGAACCUAUGAUGGAUGCUAACUUUUUCCGAGGGGGACUUUUGAUGGGGUUGGGAGCUCCAGUUACGUAUCCGCUUGGAUUCAAUGGGGUUCCCAUGUGUCCCACUGUUUCUCUUGAAUCAGCACAGAUUUAUAGACCCACUGUAGCAAUGCCAUAUGUUUUUGAAUCUAGGGGAGCUCCUUUUCUACCUCAAAUGUUGGGAUCUGCAUCAACCAUUCCGCCUUCCUUUGGUCAGCCAUCAUUAGUCAUGAACACGGUAAACGCAACACCUGGUCCUAACCUUGCUACCCCUUUGCGCCCCCCCAUACUUGAUUUGAACUCUGGGUUAACCAAUGUUGUCGAAGCACGAAAUCCUGAUCCUGCGUUUUUUAGGCCGCUUUUCAUACCUCAUAGUCAGGGUAAACUAUCAGAAGAGCAAUUGAGCCUAAGAGACACUUUAAGACCCUUGGGUUCUGGCAGUGGUGGUGGAAAACGAAAGGAGCCUGAUGGUGGAUGGAAUUUCUAUCCUACGAACUACAAACAUCAACAACCACCACAGUUGUAGAAAAGUUAUAUAUUUUGGGUAUUUGUCUUUGGUUUUCUGCCUAACAACUCGAGAAAAGCUUACUGAUGCAUAAAAUCAUCCAGAAUGUAGCGGAUUUGGCAAUAGGAGAGUUGGAAUUUAGUUAUAAAAUUGAAUAAAUACUGGAGAUGAUUGGUUUGAUAGUGAUUCAUGGCCCAAACCCAACAGCUAGAGGAGAGAAAUUAGGUUUAUUGAUUCUUUUUAAGUUUUAGUUUCCAUAAUUUCCUAUUUAUUUUACUUUAUUUGUCCCAUAUAAGGCUAUUGCAAGAAUAGAAAUAUCUGGUACAUGUUGCUGAAAUAUCUCACCCAUACAUAGAAAUAUAUUGAAUGAUCCCUUUUCACAUUUAUGUAUCGCUUGUAGUUGUAGGAUUCACUAGUUUUAUACACUGAGUAGUCAAGUAUGUAUAUUGUUCUGUUUAUUUUUUAAAAGUUUUAAUAUUAGGUGAUCCUCUUAAUUAUAAA